AACAGAUAAAAAUUUUCUGAGAUAUAUUCAUCUAGCUAUAUGGCAGUGCUGCCAAAUUUCUUAAUGUUGUGGUUUUUAUUUGUUGCGGUUUCCGUUUUACAAGGAGCAGAGUCCCAGUCCACGUGCCCACGAGGCUGGACACAAAGGAGUCUCUCGUGUUAUCUGUUUGUUACUCAUGUAGCCAAUGAUUGGACGGAAUCGGAGUAUUUCUGUCACCUUCUUCACGGCAAACUGGCCGAGAUUGAGACAAUGGAAGAAGACAAUUUUCUCCAGUUGGAGGCCAUCAGACACGCUCACGAAAACCAUGGGUCAUUUGGGUUUUGGAUUGGGGGAACGGAUGCAUUGAUUGAGGGGGAAUGGACCUGGGUUUCAUCGGGCAAUAACUUCACCUACUCUAACUGGGCUCCGGGAUUCCCCGAUGAUUACCAUGGUAAUGAGGACUGCGCCCACCUGCACAAGGACAGUCAUUUUGAAUGGAACGACGAAAGAUGUGAUCACAGGAUGGCCUUUAUCUGUGAACUUGCAUUGGAAGAAACCCCAUCUAUUGUUGUUGGAUAGUGAAACAGAGAAAAGGAAAUAUUUUACACAUCUGAAA